UUUCCCAGAACCAUGAUGGCGGUACCAAAUGGCUCGAUCCCCAUCCUGCUGCUGGCGUUGAUGCUGUGCUGGGUGGUCCCUAGCGGGCAGGAGGCAGCCCAGGUGCAUCUGCGGCUGGCGGGGCCGCGGGGACCAGCCGGGGAGGGCCGGCUGGAGGUCCUGUAUCAGGGACGCUGGGGCACUGUCUGCGAUGAUGGCUUCGACUUCCACGCGGCCACCGUCGCCUGCCGGCAGCUGGGUUACACCGCAGCCAUCACCUGGACACAUAGUGCCACCUAUGGCCAAGGGGAAGGUCCCAUCUGGAUGGACAACGUGCGGUGUGGGGGCAGCGAGGGCUCCCUGGCAGAGUGCACCCACAACGGCUGGGGCACCAGUGACUGCAAUCAUGGCGAGGAUGCUGGUGUGGUGUGCUCCGGACAGCACCUGCCUGAUGGCCCUCCUGAAGUUACCACCUCUGGUCACCUGGGAAAGGUGUCAGGGCUGAGCCUGGAGGAGGUGCGGCUCAAGCCCAUCCUGGCACGGGCCAAGCUGAGCAUGCCAGUGAUGGAGGGUGCUGUGGAGGUGAAGCACAAUGGGCGCUGGAGGCAGGUGUGCGAUGCUGGCUGGACCAGGAACAACAGCCGUGUGGUCUGUGGGAUGCUGGGCUUCCCCCGGGAAAAGCAAGUCAACAUCAGCUUCUACAGAAAGCUCUGGAACAUGAAGCUGAAGGACCUGAACUCCAGCCUGAAGACCCUUAGCCAGAAAAACAGCUUCUGGGUCCACAGGGUACAGUGCCAGGGUGUAGAGCCCCACCUGGGCUGGUGCCCCAUGCAAGUGGCCCCACUGGACCCCCACCAGCAUGCCUGCCCCCGCGGCAUGCAUGCCAUUGUCAGCUGCCUCCCUGCUCCUGCCUCCCAGAAGGACAAGGGCAAGGGCAAGGACAAGAGCAAGACCUCCCUGGGAAAGGUGCUCCCUGUGCGGCUGCGAGCAGGCACCCAUGCUGGAGAGGGCCGGGUGGAGGUGCUGCGCCAUGGGCAGUGGGGCACUGUGUGCGACAAGCAGUGGGACCUGGCUGCAGCCAGCGUGGUGUGCCGGCAGCUGGGCUAUGGGACGGCAAAGCAGGCCCUGGUGGGAGCCCAGAUGGGACAAGGCCUGGGGCCCAUCCACCUGAGCGAGGUACAGUGCACUGGCCACGAGCGCUCCCUGGGCGAGUGCCGCUUUCGGGAUGCUGAGCAGAGCAGGUGCCAGCAUGAGGCUGAUGCUGCUGUCCGCUGCCACAUGCCCCAUAUGGACUUCCAGAGCCAGGUGCGUCUGGCUGGGGGCCGCAGCCCCGAGGAGGGUGUGGUGGAGGUGCUGGUGCCAGUGCAGGGGCAGCUGCAGUGGGGUGCGGUGUGUGGAGCACAGUGGGGGCUGAACGAGGCCAUGGUCGUUUGCAGGCAACUGGGGCUGGGCUUUGCCAGCCAUGCCCUCCAGGAGACAUGGUACUGGGCAGGCAGCCCCGAUGCCACCCAGGUGGUGAUGAGUGGGGUGCGCUGUGCUGGCACCGAGCUGGCCCUUCAGCAGUGCCAGCACCAUGGCCCUGUCCACUGCCCCAGUGGUGGUGGACGCUUCUCAGCAGGGGUCACCUGCACUGCUCAUACCCCAGACCUGGUAAUGAAUGCCCAGCUGGUGCAGGAGACAGCCUACCUGGAGGACCGGCCACUGGAGCUGCUCUACUGUGCCCACGAGGAACGCUGCCUCUCCGGCUCUGCUGACCACAUGCAGUGGCCCUAUGGCUACCGCCGCCUCCUCCGCUUCUCCUCCCAGAUCCACAACCUGGGCAGAGCUGAUUUCCGGCCCAGGAUGGGGCGCCAUGCAUGGACCUGGCACCAGUGCCACCGACACUUCCACAGCAUUGAGGUUUUCACCCACUAUGACCUGCUAACGCUUAAUGGCUCCAAGGUGGCCGAAGGGCACAAGGCCAGCUUUUGCCUGGAGGACACCAACUGCCCUGAGGGGUUGCAGCGACGCUUUGCCUGUGCCAACUUUGGGGAGCAGGGGGUGAGUGUGGGGUGCUGGGACACCUACCGCCAUGACAUUGACUGCCAGUGGAUUGACAUCACUGAUGUACCACCGGGCAGCUACACCUUCCAGGUGGUUGUGAACCCUAAGCACGAGGUGGCUGAGUCAGACUUCUCCAACAACGUAAUGAGGUGCCAGUGCAAGUACGACGGGCAGCGCAUCUGGAUGCAUGGCUGCCACACAAGUGAUGCCUAUGGUGCUGACGUGGUGAGCGAUCUGGAGCGCCGGGAGCGCCUGGCCAACAACCUCGUGUGA